AUGUCAAGAAGGGAUCUGACUAUAAUGCCAGGCGCAGUGGUUGCUAGUGAGUGUGACAUACAAGGUGAUAUCACCGUUGGCACCCGCACCGUCAUUCAUCCCAAGGCACGGAUCAUCGCAGAGGCUGGGCCCAUUCGCAUUGGUGAGUCAAAUCUCAUUGAGGAGCAGGUGGAGAUCAUCAACAAUGUACCCAACACCAUUCUCAUCAUUGGUGACUUCAAUGUCUUUGAGGUGGGAGCUCGGGUUCACAGUCGCGAGGUUGGCAACAGCAACGUCUUUGAAUCCAAGUGUUUCGUCGGUCCACAGGUUCGCAUCUCCAACGGUUGCGUCAUCGGCGCGAUGUGCUCUCUCACAGCCCCAGAGCACCUGCCUGAGAAUACCAUUGUAUUUGGCGAAAGGUGCCUAAGACGGGUGGCCACAGAGAGACCUAUGCCGCAAACGCUACAGUUGGACUUCUUGAGCAAGAUCCUGCCCAACUAUCAUCACCUUCUACUGGUCAGCAGACCCUCUGUCAGCUCAAUCAAGGGCGCUCCUACCACUCGCUAA